AUGUCUCCGCUGUUGAGGCUUCUCUCGGCGGCUGCUCUACCCCUCCACAGGGUAGCAGGAGCCCGGGGAGUCCUCUGUGCUGUGGCCGCGGGUCGCCUCUCCUCGGUCGGAUUGAGGAGCAGCCUUGCCCGGAACUUCUAUCUAAAUCGCGCUGACUUCCUAUCCCGCCGCAGACUACAAUUGGCACAGAGACGACUUUACUCCACAGAACCUAAAGAUGGGAAGCCAAGUGGGGCCCCAGGAGGAGGAGGGGGAUCAGGUGGAGGUCGAGGAAAGAAAGGAGGAGGGAAGGACUGGUACAGCCGAAUGCAAAAGGGAGACUUUCCGUGGGAUGAGAAGGACUUCCGGUACAUGGCCCUCGUCGUGACUGGAGUCAGUUCAGCUCUGUUAUACUUCUACUUCAGAGACAGUGGGCGAGAAAUCAGCUGGAAGGACUUUGUGCACCGCUACCUGGGCAGAGGACUGGUGGAGCGUUUAGAAGUUGUAAAUAAACAAUAUGUCCGAGUAAUAUUGUUACCAGGAGGAGACACAGACACGAAUUAUGUGUGGUUCAAUAUUGGGAGCGUGGACACAUUUGAGAGGAACCUGGAGGCGGCUCACUCUGGACUGGGUCUGGAGCCGUCGCAUCGGCCGGCUGUGGUCUACAGCACUGAGAGCGACGGGUGA